UAUAUUUACCGUUCGUAGCACAUUCUUAUAGUUACUUUAAUGCAGUGUGUUGAUCAUAAUGACAGUAGUGUUAUUAUUUAAGAGUUAUUGAGUGAUAUUGUAUUUUAUAUUAAUUAAUAAUACAAUAAAUCAUGGUAAAUUUGUUAUGAAUACCGAAAAAAUGCAAGUUUUAUUUUACAUGAUUGCAUUAUUAAUUGUAUGUAAUACCACACAUGGAAACCCUUACAAUAAAUUACAAUGUAAAGAUGAAAAUAAUUUAUCUGUAGAUUGGUAUGUGCUUUAUAAGUUGCCAAAAAUUCAAACAACUAGCAAUCCUUUAAUUAGAGAAGGUCUCGCUUAUUUGUACAUAACAAAUGUAACCAUUAAAACAGGUUGGCAAUUGUCCACUAGGCCUAUCGGUUCGAGUAAUUCUAUACCUGGAAUUACAUUAGCGCCUCUUUACAGUCGUGAAAAUGAAAAGGAUAAUUUGUGGAAUUUAUAUAAUGAUAGUCCGCCAAAUGCAUCUUAUGCAUGGAAUUAUGGUCAUACUAAAGGUGUAGUGAUGAUAAACAGUGAUCAAGGAUUUUGGUUAAUUCAUAGUGUUCCAAAUUUUCCUCCAGUUCCUAUAGAAGGUAUGCAAACUCGACCAUUAAGAAGGGAAAAUGUAACUAUCGAUGGCAAAUAUAGUUAUCCAGAAAGUGGAACUUUAUACGGACAGAGCUUUUUAUGUAUUUCCCUUGGGAAUGAUCAGUUUGAUGUUGUUGGAAAACAAUUAAUAUACAAUGAAAUAGCAGUAUAUGCAAAAAAUAUUCCCGAAACUCUUGGUAAACAAUAUCCAGUAUUGAAGAAUGCAACCAAUCAAAAACAUUUUAAAAACCCUCCAUAUACUCAUAAAGCCGUUAUAAAAUCUUUAGGAGAUCUUGAAUUCAUUUCGUUUGCUAAGAGUGGUAAAUGGGGAAAAGAUUUGUAUGGCGAUUUUGUAGCACCACAAUUACAAGCAGAUUUAUACGUUCAGUCAUGGUUGAAUAGUCGAGGAAAGUUACCUACAGUUUGUACCCGUAGAAAAAUUUAUAAUGUUAAAAGUCUUAAAUUCGAGAUAGUGAAUAUAGAUUAUAAUAGCAGUCACGAUCAUUCAAAAUGGGCAAUAACAGCCACUAAAAAAUCUAACAAUCAUUGGGUUUGUAUUGGUGAUAUUAAUAGAGCCGAUACACAAUAUUCACGAGGCGGUGGAACUGUAUGUUUCAAAAAGUUAUGGAAUGAUUACCGUAAUGUUAUAAAUGAUGUAGAGCCUUGUCAUAAUACUUCAACAUGACACAGUAUAAAUAUUCAUGAUUUUUUAAAAUAAUAAUUACUUGAUGAAAAAUUAGCAUACUAAAAGAGACAUUAAAGUUAAACGAUAAUACAUGUUUUAAUAAUAUAAAUUUAUAUUAUAAUAGCAUAUAUGAAAGAAAAGAAAUAAAAGAAAAGAAAAAGCAUUAUUUUAAUUUGAAAUGCAAGUAUAGAGAUAUAUUUAUUUAACAAUGCUUCGAUCGAUUUAUCGAUAUUAUCUGUAUAAAAAAUAUUUUUCAAUAUGUAUUGUAAAUUUUUAUAACACCAAUAUGAGAACAUGAAAUAAUAAUCCUCAUAUUAACUGCAGUUUACUUGCAAGUAUAUAAAGAAGAGAUCUCAGUGGCUCUUUAUUACUAUCUGUAGAAUAAGGACGAACGACGGAGAUCAGAAGCAGUUCUUAAAUUGGAUUUUAUGAAAGGCGGCAGUGACUCUUUCUGCACCAACUCUCGUUUCGUCUUUCUUUUUCUCAACCGUGCUUAUUGUCUAUCUAAGGAAAUUGCAGAGUAGCUCGUGCCGUUAAUGAAAGAAAAAAAAAGGUAGCCGAGGUUUAGUAAGCGGAAAGAGAGAGAAACGAUUUGCUCUUUAAUGAAAAUUCCAAGAAAUCGACUGAACUUCGGUCUAUUCUUUAUCGGCCGCUUCAAGUUUCUCCAUUUCUUUGAUAGACUUUGUUUCAAAGAUUUCUUUUUUAGUAAAGAAAAAAAAGUUUUUUAAAUAUUGAAUCGAUAAAAGUUGUUUCGAUUAUUCAUUGCAAUUACAUUUUCUUUUAUCAUAAUUAUGAGCCUUUAAUUUAUUUAGUCGUAAUUUUCUAAUAUAAUAUUAAAUUUUUUAAUAUUAAAAUGUAUACUUAGAUAAUGUUUAUUUGUAAUUAUACAUAUUUAUCACAAUAUAAUAAUAAUUAAUGAAGAUGGAAAGAUAUAUAUAUAUAUAUAUAUAUAUGUAUAGUAUAAUAAAUCAUUUCAUAUAAUAUAUAAAAAUAUUGUUGAAUAAAAUGAUAUCGUUUAUUUUCUAAUUCUAAUACGUUCUCUUUUUAUAAAAUAUACAAAUAUGUAAUAUAAAUUAUUUGUAUUUAUUUAAAUUAUUUUGUAUUUAUAUUUGUUGAAUACAUUCCAAAAACAAACAAUAUAAACACAAUUGAUACAGUUUCGUCAAUCACUAAAGAAACGAAAGGGAUAGCGAAAAGAAAAAGAGAAGAGAGAUAAACUGAUUUGGAUGAAAAGAUUGAACGGUAGAAAGGUGGAGAAGAGGGUUAAAAUUCGUGGGUGUUCAUCCAGGCGUGAAUCAACCGACAAACGGUGCAUGCUGCUAGGAGACAAAACAACGACGAAAACGAGAAGCGAGGGAGUUCGGUAAAGCAUCUGGAAGCGGAUGCUUGGAAAAACAAGCUGACUGCCGUUGAAAGGGGAUUAAAAACAGGAAUGCAGGGAUUCCUUUAAUACAGAGUUGGCAGCUGGCUGGUAACAUUCAGUCAAUUUCUUGAAGUCUAUAUAAUUAUAUAAUAUUUAUAAUUUAAGAAAAUUAAUCUUGAUAUCUUUUUAUUUUCGAUAUCGAGAUAAUUAUCUAUAAUACAAUAUAAAAAGAAAUUGAUAUAUAUAUAUAUAUAUAUGUUUGCAUUAUAUGUACAAUACAUAUGUAUAUGUGUAUACAAUAUUUAUAUAUACAUACGUAUGUUAUCACAAAAGAAAUUCUGAAUUUUAUUUAUUUUGAUUGAUAAAUUUUAUUUCAUUAAGUCUUUGAUAUAAAUGAUUAUAUAAUAAAUGAUUUAUAAGAAAUUA